GGAAUUCUCGCUCACCGAGAAUUUGAGAAUUCGAGAAGGUCAAGAAGAGUCGGUUCACAAUUGCGCUCUGGGCUCGCCGGUACCGCGAGAUCUUUCCAUCGAAUUAAUGCGGUCCCAGCAACCAGUCGAUAGUCCAGCCCGAACCUCUAAACCUUUGAAGAGAUGCUCUCGAGACGAGCUUCUCAAGAAGCUGCACGUGUACCGUGGCCCCGAACUUCAUGCACCAGGCCAUCUGUUGGUCAUCAAUUGUGGCAUCCUUCGAUGCUCGGAGCAGCUGUCAGCUCUAUCUGCAGUAGUCUCAAGCUGUAUGCUCCUUUUCACCCGCAGCCACCGCAACACCUGUCAAGAAAGUAAGACGACUGGAAGAGAUGGUGGGUGUCAGUGCCAAAGCUCCAGGUAUAAUUAGUGUGAAGCCAAAUUGGGUAACCUGAGGGAGGGAAAUCUGUGGUUUCCAUACGUAAGGAGGAAUUUGGACGGAAUGUCGCGACCUAUGGUCAUCUGGAUUGAAUAGAACAGGUAUCAUUGCACAAAAUUGGAAGGAGAUCAGCCGUUUGUAGCCAGGGCUUCUCAUUACAAUUCUGCGAUACUUGGCCUGAUUUCAGUUUCAACCGAAAGCAGAUUUUGAAGAACUUUGUGCUGUGCGGGGAAUGAGUUUGAAGGGCGGAAUGGCAGCAACCUCUUGGACCCAACGUCUCGUGUGGUUCAUACUGAUCCUUUCUUUGAUUAUCGGAAUUGUCACUGUGAUAUUUAUCGUGCAACCUGAUGCCUCUUCCUGUUACAGCUACGAUGAUGUAGUUGCUCGUUUGUGGACGUGCACCGGAAGGCCCUUCGACAUCGACAGCUCGUGCUGCCAAGAAGUGGAGAAGGAUGUCAAUAAGGACUGCGGAUGGUAUACCGCCGAUUUCUGUUCGUACUUUGCAGACGCGGCGAAUGAGUAUUGCCACGUCAAUUAUUGUCCUGGCGACCGUGCACAAAUUCAGUCUGCUGUUAAUAACGCUACUAGGAGUGGAUGAUAAGCCUUCGGCUCAACCUCAGAUUAAGGUGAUUUUUUUCACAGACAGUCUUCCUGUCUAACGCCCGUCGACCUCAGCAUUACACUGAAGACUAUACAGUACUCUGUAUACAAUGUGUUGUGCUCAUGUACGGAACUCUAAAUCUAUAUAUUGUCGAGUUUGAUACAACCUGUUGGACGUCAUUGCUGGAUAAAGCAAUCGUCGAUGGCGGAUCUGUCCGACGUACCGGAGGGUUCAGGUUGGCCAGGUAUUAUGAGAAAUGACCUAUUGUUCGAGAUGGACCUUAGUUACACAGAUACAGGUGAGCUACAGCACAUAAUGCGGUUUGGAGUGAACGCCCAGUGGAUCACGCCCAUUCGAAUUGUCGCUAUAGACUGUGUCAGUUUGGACAUCAUGUGGGACCCUUUGAAUCGUGUACGUAGUUUCUGCUGCUAAAGCAUGGAUCGGGCUGUAGAUCACUCUCUUGAGAUCCAUUGCACAUGUUGAGAUGUUUUUAGUUCUUGUAUUGUUAAUUUACUUCUUUCUCAGCGUCGUCUGGGCUGCGCCCAAUAGUAUAGGACGUUGGAUUUGAAGUAAUUCUUGGUGGUAUCAUCAAUAAGCUCCAGUAGAACAUGGUUCGUGCAGUUGCGCUCCUAGUGAUUUGUGAAAAGACGCAUCUUCCAGGUUUCACCAUUGUGAGUUUUCGAAAACAUUUCUGAUGAUUACUUUGUACCAUAUAUCUGCAGCAUGUUGAGUUGUAUUUUACACGCGUAUCAGAUUUAAUUUAAAGUACUAGAUUUAAUUUUGAGGUAGAGUGAAGAGCGCAUGAGAGCUCUAUGUAUAUCGACCAUAUUUUCUCAACUAUUGUGGGAAUUCAAUGAAUUUGAGCAA